AUGGUAAUUUCUAUACUUUAUAAGCGUCCUGAGGAUCCAGCAUCAAUUGAUCCAACAAUUAUCGAUAAUUUACUUUGUGAUGAUCGAGGACAUCCUCAAAUACCGAGCUCUGCUGUUCAACGAUGUCCAUCACCUGAACUCGUUCAUUUAUUCAACAAUAAUCAUAACAAAUGGAUAAAUGAUCCUGUUAUUAUGGAUUACAAUCAUGUUUUAGAACCACCAACUUUAGAAGUUUACACCGAUACACAACCUGCACUUCGUGGAAAAUAUUCUGUAGAAUUUUACGGAAAAGAAAGAUAUACAACAACAAUAAAUAAUACGACUAACAUUGAUAACAAUGUAACAAAAUUAAAAAUGACAUUAAAUGAUAAUAUUGAACAACUGGUAUCAGCAAAUCAAAACAGAACAAUUUAUCCAAAAGUAACAACAGUAAUAAUUCAUUCACAGAUGACAAGAAACUCAAAAGAAAACGAUCCAAUAAGCAGCGUUCUUGCAGACCUAAUCGAAAAUAUCGUGCCUUUGAAUUCUUCAUCAACAUUUGAAGAACUAGAACAAACUCGAUCAAAAGAUUCAACAUCAAAUGAUCAAGUUACUAGUCCAUUUAUAAAAAAAGGUUUUAUUAAAUUUUGUCUUUUAACAUCAAAUAAAACAAAGACUGAAGUACAAUUUUAA